CGGGUCCAACGUGAAAAACAGUAUCAAAAGGAAAAAUCCAAUACAACCACUUGUAGGGAGGAGUCUUUGGGUAUCCCAUAAGAAACUUCUAAUUGUAAAAAUGGAGGAUGUCAUGCAAUCACCCCUACAACUGACAAAGGAGCAAUUUUUAAGAAACUUAAAUUUAGUGCCAGUCAAAAAGCAAUCAGUAUCGAAUCCUCCACCACAACCACCAUCAUCGCCAAGUCAAUUAGUCGAACUCAGGACCACAGUAAACGUACCACUUACCUCUGAAAUUGGCAAAAAAUUGUUAAAGGAAGAAAAUCACCAAGUGUCAGAAGAAGUUAUUCUCAGGAGACUUGAAAGAAAGAACGACGAAGGCAGUAUGUCUUUAAUGACAUUAAGUCCAACUAUACUUCAAACAUCAGAAUAUUGUCGCAGUUACACAAAUCCUAAGAGACAAGACCAUCAAAUAAAAAAUUAUCAUAAACAGCUGAAGUUUUGCAGACCUCUAAGUGUUGUGUUAGAAUAUUGUGACUUGCACAAAUUUAAAGAAAAGUAUAAAAAAGAGUUGGAAGAGAAUGCUUCUAAAGAACUUUCAGUUUAUUUGAAGAAACAACCAAAGGAAUUGACUGGGAGUCAAAAGGAUGUAAUUGACAGGAAAAGGACAUUAUCUAUGUCAAGCAUCUUGGUGCCUCUUGAAUCUGGAGGCAAGGAGCAAAUCGGUCACAAGGAAGACAAUAGGAAGAAGUUGGUGGUGACUUUAGACAUAGAGGGCACCAAGGAAGCUUCCACACCUGAGAUCAAUGCCAAGGCGAGUCAAUGAAUAGCUGGAUCCAAUUCAUUAACUGUUUAAAAUUAUCAACAUUGUACUGCUGAAACUUGACUAAAUGCUAAAAAUAUUGGAAAAAGUCUUGAUAAAGAGUCCAAAGAGCAGCUUUUAAGGAAGUAUUUACCGCCUUGUUUUAUGACAG